AUGGACAACUUCAGUCCGGCGCAGUAUGAUCGCUUUGAAGCUUAUCGUCGCCAUGCCCUACCUAAGCAGGCCGUCCGCAGGGUGAUUCAACAAACGAUCGGCCAGCAGGUAUCCCAGCCCGUAGCUCAAAUAGUGGCUGGUUUCGCAAAAGUAUUUGUUGGAGAAAUCGUAGAGAAAGCACGAGCCGUACAAGCUCGAAGGGGCGAAACUGGGCCCCUUUCCCCAGAUCAUCUGCGAGAAGCCUACCGAAUGUAUCAGCAAGAAACUGGCAGGGUCGGAAGCGCUAGGCCUAUGCGGUCAAAGCGAAUUUUCGUCCGCUAA